GGUAAGCGGCAUGUCUAGCUUUCACUUUUGCAUGGGCGUGUUUAGAAGUUCUCUUAGAAGUUGUUUUCGACAGCCUAAAAUUGCACUUAUAAAGAAACGAUUACCGAAAGUAUUCCACGUUAACAUGCCUUGAAAUUGAAGGUGGGUUAUUUUUUAAGUUUAAACAAUUCCUACGUUUAGCAGGGGAACAGUUUACAAAUUUGGCAGAACCGACAAAAUGGCGGCAGUCGAAUUCGAUGUGCCGAGAAGACGGAGAAGAUCGAGUAUGGACGAACCUUUAACAAUGUCUGCGGACUUGAGGAUCGUGCUGUUUAGCAGCAGAAGUCACUUACAGACCAUCGUCUCAAGCUGUAUCCUGGGACGGCAGGUGUUCAUGCCAGCUGAAUGCAGCCUUUCACAGAGUUUUGAGAAUUACGAGGAGAUAGAGGGCAGAAGAGUAUCAGUUAUCAACACACCAAACUUCUUUGAGAAGGACCUUACACAGCAACAUAUCAGGAAGGAGCUGGAGGGAUGCGUGUGUCUGUCUUGCCCUGGACCCCAUGCUGUCCUUUUAAUCCUGGACUUGGAGGACAUCUCAGCAACUGAUGUUCGUAUUGUGGAAGAACUUACCAAGUACUUUGGUGACGACAUCUUAAAGUACACAAUUCUUCUUCUGUGCCAUGAGGGUAAGGAGGAAGAUACAAGCUUGGAGGAUAGACUCCAAAAAGAUAGAAACCUCAGAGAGAUUAUGGACAAGUGUGGACACCAGUAUCAUCUGUUUAAGAAGAAUUCUAUGGAAGCUAAACCUUUGCUGGAGAGAAUUGAGAGUUUGGUGACUAAGAAUGUGGACAGAUACUUUACUGAUAACAAUUACGAGGAGACAGAAGAUAGCAUUAGAAAAGAGCAGCCAGUUAUUGAGACGGAUGGAGCGAAAAAGAUAGAUAAAUUGCAACGUAAGCUGCACUGCAUCCAGGGAGAGGAGCUGGAGAGGGAGAGAGAGACCAGUAUCUGAAGAGUGUCAGGGCUGACGGAGAAGAGGCUGAAAUGAUCAUUCAUGAACUCAGAUUUGCCGCUCAGGCUGUGGAUAAUGCAGCAGUAGUGAAUAAAGGCCUAGCUGUAAGGGUACUCGAAGGGGCAGUACCUGGGCCGAUGGGAGCUGUUGGGGGAGGAGUAAUAGGGGCAGUGCUGGGGCCGACGGGAGCUGUGUGGGGAACAAUAAUAGGGUCCGUGCUGGGGGUAGUGGUGGCUGGGAAAUUAUGGAGACGUUAGGGGUGCUGCUACUGGCAUUGUAGAAGAUUAAAAGCUGUGCUCUAUGUAACCCACUCAAAGCAGGCUGUAAAAAAAGAAAGGGGUUAACUCAUUUUAGUUUUGUACCCGAAUCCUAUGUUGCUUUUAGGUUGUUCAAAUCUUCCUGUCCGGUAGCUGCCAGUGUGUCGUGCUGAGGGAAGAAGUUUUUUUUUGCAAUUACGAGCAAACGGGGAAGAAGGAAAAAAAGACCUGAGUGGCGGAGCAUUAGUGCACUGGAGAUGCAGUUAAUAUGAAGAAGGUUGAUAAAUAGCUCAGAGAGUUAAUAGCGAAUUAUUUCUUGUUUUUAUAAGCAUUAAGCAGAUAGAAAAUUGAACAGGGAUAUUUUCUUUUCUCCGGUAAGUUCAUUUGCUGUUUGCCAUGUGCGACACUAGCUAGCAUGGUUUUAAAUUACAUGUUGUAAAGGCAUAGCAUGAA